UGGAGAUGGCCCGGUUCACGGUGCAUGUCCGGGAAGAGUGGCUGACCGUGCCCUGUAAGGACACUCAAGCCAGUGUCCGCUGGCUGGGCAGUGAGGCUCUCCGGAGAUACAUGAAGAACAAGCCGGACAGCGGUGGGGUGAGCCCGGGGAGCAGCGGCAGCGGAUUCCUGGUCAGGAAGUGUCAAGGACUCGGCUUACUGGAUCCUGAUGAUGCUAUUGAGGAUGUCCUGGAGGAUAAUGACUUCAUUGAAGUAGUGCUGAAGGACGAUGUGAUGUCUUCAGAGUUCAUCCCUUCUCAACCCGAGAGGGUUCACUUAUACACAAGAUACCAUCAGCCAGACGAGUAUAUUUGUUUAGAUGGAAACCAUCUAACAAUAGAAGAUCUAGUUCGGUUGGGAAGAGGACUUUACAAGAUCAAGCUAACUGCAGAAUCAGAGGAGAAGAUCAAACAGUCAAGGUUACUUCUGGAAAAUAUUGUGAAAGAACAUAAAGUUGUAUAUGGAAUAACUACAGGCUUUGGGAAAUUUGCUCGGACUGUUAUCCCACACAAUAAGCUCAAGGAACUCCAAGAGAACCUUAUUCGUUCCCAUUCAGCCGGUGUUGGUAAACCCUUGUCACCAGAAAGGUCCCGUAUGCUGCUGGCCCUCAGGAUCAAUGUUCUUGCCAAGGGUUACAGCGGAAUCUCCUUAGAGACCCUCAAUCAAAUGGUGCAGGCAUUUAAUGCUUCCUGCCUCUCCUACGUCCCGGAGAAGGGAACAGUUGGGGCGAGUGGAGAUCUUGCCCCGCUUGCUCAUCUUGCCCUGGGACUGAUGGGUGAAGGCAAAAUGUGGUCACCAAAAAGUGGCUGGGCUGAUGCCAAAUAUGUUUUGCAAGCACAUGGACUGAAACCUGUUUCACUGAAACCAAAGGAGGGACUGGCCCUGAUCAAUGGGACUCAGAUGAUCACAUCGCUGGGGGCUGAGGCAGUGGAGAGAGCGACAGCGAUAGCCCGGCAGGCAGACAUUAUAGCAGCUCUUACACUGGAGGUUCUGAAAGGCACAACCAGAGCCUUUGACAGUGACAUUCACAAAUUGCGGCCUCAUCCCGGCCAGGUGGAGGUAGCCUCUCGAUUUAGGUCACUGCUGGGUUCUGAUCACCAUCCCUCGGAAAUAGCAGAAAGCCACAGGUUCUGUGACCGUGUUCAGGAUGCCUACACCCUACGAUGCUGCCCACAGGUACAUGGGGUGGUGAAUGACACUAUCACAUUCGUGAAAAAUAUAAUUGAGACUGAGAUUAACAGUGCCACAGAUAAUCCAAUGGUGUUUGCAGAUAGAGGAGAGACAAUUUCCGGUGGAAACUUCCAUGGAGAAUAUCCUGCAAAAGCUCUUGACUAUCUGGCAAUUGGUGUUCAUGAGCUUGCUGCAAUCAGUGAGAGGAGAAUUGAAAGACUGUGUAAUCCAUCCCUGAGUGAACUGCCUGCUUUCCUGGUUAACGAUGGGGGUUUGAACUCUGGCUUCAUGAUAGCUCACUGCUCAGCAGCUGCCCUGGUCUCUGAGAGCAAAGUAUUGUGCCAUCCAUCUUCGGUGGACUCCCUGUCCACCAGUGCUGCCACUGAGGACCAUGUCUCCAUGGGUGGAUGGGCUGCCAGGAAAGCAUUGAGAGUUAUUGAGCAUGCGGAACAAGUGCUUGCCAUAGAACUUCUUGCAGCCUGUCAGGGUAUUGAGUUUUUGCGUCCCCUGAAAACAACAACUCCCCUGGAAAAGGUUUACGAUCUGGUCCGCACAGUUGUGAGACCUUGGAUUAAAGACCGUUUCAUGGCACCAGAUAUUGAAGUUGUCCAUCAGUUAUUGGUGGAACAAAAGGUUUGGGAAGUGGCACAUCCUUACAUUGAGAAAUACAGAUUGGCAAACCUGCCUGAGGCGAGGCCCAUUUCACCAACCUCCUUUACCCUGGAGCCACCAGUGUCUCCCUGCAAGAGAGCUCGAAUAGAAUAA